AAAAAAAAAAAAGGAAAUAGAGAAAAGGGCGAAAAAACAAGGGCAGUGCCAAAACCCUCCGUCUGCCAAUUCCAUUUCGGGGAAACGUGGUUCCAUCGGAUCGGAGAAAUAGAAACACAGCCAUCGAUGGCGUCAUCUUCGAGCAGUGGGCUAACAUUCAAGCUUCACCCACUGGUAAUUGUGAACAUAUCGGAUCACUACACUAGGGUCAAGUCUCAGUCUCAACCCCCUCACUCCGCCUCCUCCAACGGUGGUGACUCCGCCACUUCUCCACCGCCUCCUCCGCCCAGGGUCUUCGGUUGCGUCAUCGGCGUGCAAAGGGGUCGCACCGUCGAGAUCUUCAACAGCUUCGAGCUUCUCUACGAUCCCUCCAACCAUUCUCUCGACCGUGCCUUCCUCGAGAAGAAGCAAGAGCUAUAUAAGAAAGUUUUUCCUAAUUUCUAUAUACUGGGAUGGUAUUCGACGGGGAAUGAUGCACAGGAAUCAGAUAUGCUUAUCCACAAAGCUUUAAUGGAUAUUAAUGAAAGCCCUGUGUAUGUUCUCCUCAAUCCUUCGAUAAAUCAUGCACAGAAAGAUCUGCCAGUGUCUAUCUAUGAAAGUGAGUUGCACGUCAUAGAUGGCAUUCCACAGCUUAUCUUUGUGCGUUCCAGCUACACUAUAGAGACAGUUGAAGCUGAACGGAUCUCGGUUGACCAUGUUGCACAUCUUAAACCAUCCGAUGGAGGUUCUGCUGCAACUCAGCUGGCUGCUCAUCUUACGGGCAUACAUAGUGCCAUCAAGAUGCUGAAUAGCAGGAUUAGAGUGCUUCACCACUAUCUUCUUGCUAUGCAAAAGGGUGAAAUUCCUUGCGAGAAUUCAUUGCUAAGACAAGUGUCUAGUCUCUUGAGAAGAUUACCAGCCAUUGAAUCGGAAAAAUUUCAAGAUGAUUUUUUGAUGGAAUACAAUGACACGUUAUUGAUUUCUUACCUGGCCAUGUUAACCAACUGUUCAAGUACAAUGAAUGAGCUGGUUGACAAGUUCAAUACUGCCUACGAUAGGCAUAGUCGGAGGGGAGGACGAAGUGCUUUUAUCUAAAAGAGCUGAUUGAUCGCAAAUCCAAAUUCCGCACACUUCGAGACUUCUCUGUGGUGCAGCUCUUUUUGUGUGCAUAGCUAGUAGAAUUGUAGGAAUGAGAUUGUCAUGACUCGUUCAUGGCAAUAUAGGAAUCAAAGUAGUUUGUCUGUUUGUUCCUUUCUAGUUGGCAAUCCUCUUCCUAGUUUUUUGUCUUUUAAAUAAUGUUUACACAUUGGCAUGUUAAGGAUUGUGGUUGACAAAUUCCAGUUGCUGAAUGUAAUGCUUUAAGAGGCUCUGUUAAUGGUUUGCAGACAAGGAAUUAGAAAAAUCCAAAUCAAAACUGACUCAAAAUUAUUU